AUGUACCGCGGCGAAAAGGUAGGUCUAGCGGACGGACAUGGCCGGCUACGCGAUCCACCGUCACGUUCUAGCGCAUGGCGCGAAAACUUUCCGACUCCACCCGACUACAAUGACAUGGAGGGAUUCUGUGGCGGAUUUGAAAGACAAUGGUUUGUCAACAAAGGCAAGUGUGGCAUUUGCGGAGAUCCAUACGAUGAACGAGUAAAACCCCACGAAGCUCCAGGUGGCCUUUUUGCCACUGGAACCAUUGUUCGCCAUUACGUGCAGGGACAAACGAUCCCAGUCAAAAUCGAGAUUACUGCUAAACACAAGGGUUACUACACGUUCAAACUCUGUCCGAAUAACAACGUCCUCAAAGACCCCCCGCAAGAGUGUUUCGACAGGUUCCCACUAUCUUUUAUCCAUAACGAUGGCACCGUAAGCAGAAAGACAUUCGUCGACCCUAUUCCUUACGGAGUAUUCUCCACUCGAUUGAUGCUACCACCCGACGUUACGUGCAGCCAAUGCAUUAUACAAUGGACUUACGUGACUGGUAAUCGUUGGGGAGAUUGCUCUAAUGGAACACAAGGACUCGGAUGCGGACCUCAGGAGACCUUCCGUGCCUGUGCGGACGUUGCAAUUCUUCCCGCUGGAACGGUUCCGGUUGCUACCACAGUCCAGCCUCUCCCACUAACCACCGGUAUCCCGUGCACCAAUUACGUCGCUGCUCCGGAUCGACAAAUGAUACCGGGGAUGGCGGGAUGGUGCAAGCAGAACUGUCCCGGCCGCAUGUGUUCGCCAGAUUUGUGCGUAUGCAGCGAUGCAUAA